GUGGUGUCGCUGUUUGUUUCACGCUUAUGCUAUGGCGCUGUGACGUCACAUGUAAACACCACCACCAGCAGCAGCAGCUGCAGCACCCAUGGCCUGCUGGUCCUUUUCACCCUUUCAGCUGAGCAGCGAUGAUUCAAAUAAAAAACUGCGUGAGGUACAGCUCGCUGGGCAUCGCCGCAAAGAGGGUGUUUUCCUCUGGUCCCACCAAGAACCCGGUCGUGUUUCUGGACAUCGAGGCCGACGGCGAGCCUCUCGGGAGAAUAAUCAUUGAGUUGAAUGCAGAUGUCGUGCCAAAGACUGCAGAAAACUUCAGAGCAUUGUGCACAGGGGAACAUGGCUUUGGAUACAAGGGAUGUGUGUUCCACAGGGUCAUACCUGAGUUCAUGUGUCAGGGAGGAGACUUCACUAAACAUAAUGGCACAGGAGGGAAAUCUAUAUAUGGGAAAAACUUUAAAGAUGAAAACUUCAAAUUAAAACACACUGGUCCAGGAACUCUCUCCAUGGCAAACUCUGGGCCAAACACCAACGGCUCCCAGUUCUUCAUUUCUACGACCAAAACUGAAUGGCUUGAUGGUAAACACGUGGUGUUUGGGCAGGUCAAGGAAGGCAUGGACGUGGUCACCAAGAUGGAAUCCUUUGGUUUACACGAUGGCGGUGUGAUCAAGAAAAUUGUCAUCACUGACUGUGGGGAAGUCAAAUAACACCUAAGAUUUGGUAUUUACUCUAUCCUUCCUCCUGUAUUCAUGGAGGUGCUGUCAUAGGUGAUUCUGUUCUUGCCUAAAAUCUGAUAUUUCUACUGCUCAUUAUGAUGUUAAAAGAUCCCACUGAUUUAUCAUUUCAGGCUCAAAAUCAGGUAUGAAAAGUUUAUAUGGUGUGUUUGUUUAUAAGUGACACUAAUAAUGGAAAGACUGGGAGUCACACUGAUACAUUUUUAUCCAGGUUGUUGCAGAUCUCUUGCUUUUCUAAGUCUUAACUUGACCCAGAAAGUUGCUAUUGUGCGAUUACUCUCCAUUUACUGCCAAAUAAAUGACCAUUUUCAGAUUUUA